AACUAAAAAAUCAGUUUAAUAAAGAAUGAUCUAAUAUUUGAUAGAAAAAAUGAAUUGUCAUCAGAUAUUAAGUGGAGCUUGCAAUGCAGGUGAUCGUUGUUACGCUGUAGGCUCUGUAGAAGGAAUUUCUUUUACUGCAUAUGCAGCUGGUUGUAAUGUAGUAAUUCUUGCCAGUAAUUUUGAACGAGUUCAGAUAAUACCAGGAGCUAUACAUAACUACAUAAGAAUUAGUUGCUUGGAUUGCAGUACUGACACAGGAAAAAUAGCCGCAGCAUAUGAAAAUCAAGUUUGCAUUUUUGAGCCAACUCCACUUAUUCAUAGCACGUGCUCUCAUCAAUUAGAAUAUCGAUGGGUUCAAACUGGUAGUCUAACAACUGAAUCAAAUAUUAGUUCUCUAUCAUGGAAUUUGGAAGGAACAAGGUUAUUAACUGGUGGAGAACUUUUACAAUUAUGGCACCAAAAUAUAACCCCAUUUCAAGAAGAACACAUGAUGAAGAUAAAUAUGUUACGAACUCAAGGGGGUGUUGUAACUGGACGUGAAGAAAAUACUUCAAAUGUUCUUCAAACCUCUGGAACAGUUACUUUUUCAAUUGGUGGAGAUGCUGAAAGUCCAGCACCUGGUGAUUUAAGUAGUGGAAAUGAACCAGGGGCAUGGAACUGUGUCUGGAAAUGUCGCACAGCUACACCUGUACAUCUCAUGAGUUUCAGUCCAGAUGGUACAUUAUUUGCGACAACAGGAUUCAAUGAUAGAUUAGUGAAAAUAUGGUUUGAGAAUAAGCAAUUGUUUUCAACAAGAAGUAUGGAUCAUACAAAUGUCACACAAUCUAUGGGUAGUGACAGUUAUAGUUUUGUUUAUGUUGCUCAUCCUCGUGCAGUAACACAUUUAUCUUGGCGUAAGACUAGUAAAUACAUGCCAAAGGGAUCUGUUUCCAAUAUGCUGGUCACGUCUUGUAGAGACAACAUUUGUCGAGUCUGGGCAGAAACAAUACCACCAGAAGUUGAAGGUUUAGCAAAUAUGAGUCAAUUUGAAGGUUCUGACAGACAUGGACAUCAUGGGAAACAUCGACAUCAUAACAUGCACAAACAUCGAUUUAUGCAACGGCUCAAACACAUGAAAACCUGUUUCCAUAUUCGUCGACAUGCAAAACAGCAACAUCAAGCAGGCCAUACUACAGCACCAACAUUACCAACUUUACCUUCAACAUAUUCAGUUCAUGAUUUUCAUAAUAAUUAUCAAGGAACAGGUCAUUAUCCAGGAAUGCAUUUCCAUUUGGCAGCCAGUAUUAAUGCAGAAACUGAUAUACCAUUAGUACCAAGCUUAAUCACAGGAGAUCCUGAAAGGGAACCAAAUUUUAUUCUACACUGGUUGAACAAUAAGGAAAUGCAUUUUACAAUGCAAGCAGAAAGUAUUUUACAAGAACUUACACGUAAAGUGGUAGAAAAGGAAGAGGGACUGCAUCAACAGGAUGUAGACCAUGCAGAUCAUGAUUCUGAGGAAGAAGGUUUAUCGAAAAAAGGAGUACGAUUACAACCCAUACAAAAAGUGGGAGGUACAAUUCGAUCAAUGAGUCAAGAAGAUCAUAGCAGCGAUGAACAUCACACAGCUCACACAAUUUCAUCACAUCAUAGUUUACCAUACAGUGCACAUUCUCACCAGAGUCUUAGUAAUACUACAUCCAUUAAUUCUAUUGCAACUGAUGUAACGUCCUCAAUAAAUCAUGCUCCAGAUUCUUUGGAUACCAAAAUAGAGACAUUAUUACGUGAUUGGCAUCACAAUCCAGAUUUACUUUUCUCAAUCCACCCGAUCGAUGGAAGCUUUUUAAUUUGGCAUAUUGAAUGGCUGGAUGAAUAUCAUCCAGGAUCAUUUCGACAAGCACAAAUAUCAUUUUCUACUCGUAUACCUAAUGCAUUUCCACUUGGUGAUGCUUCCACAAUGAGUCAUAGUGUAUCGAUGUAUUCACAUAAUACCGGUGGUCCGUUAUUAAAUAUUCGAGAAGUAGCAAAAUCAUCCACAAAACCAUCAAACGAAGGUAAAUGUACGAGUUUGAUUGAACAAGAUGAAGAACAGUCGACAUUAACAUCGAAAACUGGCCAGGAACUGCUAAAAAAUAUUGAGAAUUCAACCGAUCCAAAUCAAAAUGUUGCAAAAGAAAGGAACAGUCACUUGGAAAAUGGAAAAACAAAUCAAGAAACAGUAAAUGAUUUGUUGACCCAUCCAAGUCCAAUUGUGUCUAUGGUGUCAAAACAUUCAAAUGGAACUUUAAAUUUAUGGCAAUUAACAUUUGCUGAUAAAACGAAAUUUUCACAAGUAUUAAGUAUUGGGCAUGCGUCGAGAGCUUCAGGACACCGAUUUCGUGUAAAUGAUAUUACUUGUCAUCCAGUACUACCUUUAUUGGUGACAACAUCUCAUCACAAUAUACCGGAAUCCGGAUCACAAUUCCAGAACGCUGAUUCAAAUGAAAACCUCAGUAAUAAAUUAGAUUUUAAUAAAACAAUCCUAAAAGAUAUCUCGCCUACUGGGUUUUGCAGCGAAUUAAUACUUUGGCGUGUAGACACGGUUGGACCUUUAUCGAAGAGCGGAGGAGUUUCUGAAUUAGCGCGUAUUAAUUCUCCAGAAAUAUCAGCGUUUAGUAACGUUGCUUGGAUUCCAACCUUGUUACCAAGUACUACCUUAGGUAAUUUGUCAAAUUCUCCAAGCGCAUGUUUUGUCGCCAGUGAUGGGGAAUGUUUAAGGGUAUAUCAAGCUGUUAUCGACGCUAGAACAUUGUUGGCAGAAGUAUCAAUUAGUGAAAGGCGAAGCAGAAUGAUGAAUUCCAUGGCAAGUCUUUCGACAGAUAUGUCAUCGGACGAUGGUAUGAGACAUUCGAUUCACGAUAGAAUAGAAAUAGUAUCUCAACAAUCUACGGCUAGGCCAGGUUGCGUUAUACAGUUGGAUGCUAUUGCUGAUGCAACACAUGACUGGCAAAAUACACAAUUCCUACAUGUAUUUCAAGAACAAUUAAUUACUGGAGACAGAAAUGAUGAAAAACAAACUGGUAUAGAUACAUCAAUAAAUGAUUUAGGUUUAAUGGAAUCUACCUUGGAUGCUAUGGUAGAUUUGCAACAGUCUGCAAUUUUCGAAGAACCAUUUUACAUAGUUGUUUUAGAAAGAACACAACAAGGUACAACUGUACAUAUGUGGCGUUUGGUAAUAGCCUCUCAACCUGAAAAUACUGUAUUAUCGGAAUCAAUGAUGUAUGUACCGGAUUCUCAUUUGGUACAAGAUGAAGAUGAGGAGGGAACCCCUGGACGUUAUAAUCAUCCAGAGGGUAGAAGAUCUCGUCGAGCAAGUCAGUCCCGCCGUGAGAGUCAAGGUGAAUUAGAUAUGUUUUUCCAAAAACGACCUCAAAACAGUCAUGUUCUUAUAACAACUACGAAAGUAUGCACCCAGGAAUUGCCAUUACCAACGGGAGUUGAGGUAAUACAUGCUGCGCCAGCUGCUGGACACUUAAGCAGUUCUUCCAUAUAUCCUGCUUGCUUUGCUCCAUAUAUUGUGGUAACUGCAUGUAGCGAUAGUACAAUACGUUUCUGGAGAUGUAAAGUAACGAAAAAUCAACCGAUUGUCAAAUUACAUUAUGAAUGGUGCGAAUGGGAAAUGAUACGGAAAGAUCAAGAAUCGACUAUAGAUAUUACAGGACAACCAUUAAAUAUAAGUGCUGCAUAUAGUGGACGUAUUGCAUGUGCAUACAAGUACGGAAAAUCAUUUACACGUCCUACCAAAAGUGAUCCUGAUUCUCGAUAUGUAAAUCUAUGCGUUGCUAUAUAUGAAUGUGAAAGCACGGGUGGAAGUGAAUGGAUUCUAGAGGAUACUAUACAUUUAAAGAAUAUACAUUUGCCGAGAAUUCCAGUGGAUCAACACUUAGAUUUGAGUUAUCUCUAUGACAGUAAAUUUUUGCAGAAAAAGCAAAGACUUACUCAAGUGUUGCAGACGCUUAGUCAUGAAGAUGUGAGAUCACCCAGAAAUGGAGAAAACGGGGAAAGUACAAAGCCGAAUGCAGGUUUAUUGGCUGUUCCGUCGUUUAGCACACUUCAGUCCUUACGAAAAUCGAUCAUAGAAAAUGGUAACACAUGCCCGCUUACACAGAAACAUUUAGUUCAGCUAGAUUGGGUGUCUAAAGAAGAUGGUUCUCAUAUUUUAACUGUUGCUGUUGGAUCGAAAAUCAUGUUAUUCACGCCCGUGUGUUCGGAUCUUGCACAAGCAAAUAUGAAAGCAAUGAAAGAAUCACAGAGCAAUAAUCGACCGAUUUUGCGGAAAGCUUCAUCUUUGGCACAGCCCCAAUUUGUUGACGAAAUUCGUUGGAUGAAACUACGAAAAAUCGAGUUAACUACAGCGGAUGGUUUACCUCCGCUACCAAUGCAAAUAUCUUGGGUAAGAGAUGGGAUUUUAGUAGUUGGCAUGGAUUCAGAAAUGCACGUUUAUUCACAAUGGAAGCCGAAUCCAAAGAAGGAUUGUUUUCAUUCGAAUUUGCAACAUCAAGAAUCAGAUGAGUUUCAAGCUAGUCGAAAUUUACGAGACGAGGAUUUACGAACAUUAGCACACGAAACGUCGCAAAGACGAUUGGCAAACGUAUCCUCUAUGCCCCAUCUUUCUCGAGUCAGCAGUAUCAAUUUAACGAUGCUAGACGCUAAAAAGAAACGAGGAAUGCAAAAUGAAAAUUUAAAUUUUGAUUAUAUGCCAGACUAUGGUUUAUUUGAAGCGUCGAGAAUCGCUUGUCCCGUGUUGCCUCAAUAUCAUCCAAAACAAUUAAUGGAAUUGCUAAAUUCUGGCAAAAUUCGAUGGGUAAAAGCUAUAUUGGCACAUCUUGUUCGAUGCAUAGGAAGUUCUUGUUCUUUAAGGGCAGAUGAUGAAAGUUUAGUGAAGCAACGUGGCGGUGGAUGGUCUCGUUCUAGAACGAUGUCGGUUAGUUAUGUAGGUACAACAUCGCCUUUGGAACCAAGAGGUUCAACUACGCAGAUACCAGAAGAACUUACAUUAGAUUAUGCUGAAAUAACAUCAAUAUCUCCAUUACCACUUUGGACUUUACUCAUCGCAGACAAAGAAACAAACGUACCGCAUCAACACAAAAUUGAAGAUAAGCAAGAUUAUAACGAAUUGUUUGACAGUAAUUUGGAUGAAGGUGAGUCGCUGGAUGACAUGCUGGACGAGGAUUAUGAUUGUUCGCGACAGAAAGACAGACGUUCGUCAGUACCAGAAAGACAAGGUAUAUCUCAUUUUGGACCAAGACAAGGUAGAUUACUGUCGCGACUACUGACACACACUCAUUUACCCGGGUUAUCGAGCCUUGAUCAAAUGCAUUUGCUCGCACUAGCUGAUACCGUUUCUACUUGUAAUGUAGAUUUUGCGGAAAGAUUUGCAAUAGACGCAGCAAAGAACGCGAUUGCGAAAGAAAAUUUAACCGGUAUUCCCGACGGAGAAACGGUCUCAACGGAUUCAUUAGACGAUUGUGGCCUUCGAUUUUUAUUGGCCAUGAAACAUUAUAAUUACUUAAUUCGUUGUCUUCCAUUAGCGCAAAGAGCACAGUUUCAGAAGCAAGGUAUAUCAUCGAAUAAUCUUGUUUGGGCAUUUCAUUCUGAAUCCGAAGAAGAAUUACUAGGAUUGAUACCUUCUUAUGCCAAAGGGCAACCAAAAUGGAAUAUUUUGAAGGAACUCGGUAUAGGUUGGUGGAUUAGAAGUAACACUGUAUUAAAAAGAUGCGUUGAAAAAAUUGCGAAAGCAGCUUAUCAACAAAAGCAAGAUCCCCUUGAUGCUGCGCUUUAUUAUUUAGCAAUGAAAAAAAAGAAUCUUGUUUGGGGACUGUUUAGAAAUAAACGGGAUGAAAGAAUGACAACUUUCUUUGCGAACAAUUUCACUGAAGAUCGUUGGAGGAAAGCUGCCUUGAAGAAUGCAUUUGCUUUACUUGGUAAACAAAGAUUCGAACAUGCUGCAGCAUUCUUCUUGCUAGCAAAUGCGCUUAAAGAUGCUAUUGACGUAUGUUUAAAUAAACUGAAUGAUAUACAAUUAGCAAUGGUCAUUGCCAGACUUUACGAUGACGAUACUACCUCUGUGAAUUUAAGAAGAUUACUUUACGAAGAAAUUUUAGGCUGUGACAAAGAUGGACAAAAUCAAGAUAUGAAUAAAGCUCAUCCCGACCCAUUUUUACGCAGUAUGGCUCUUUGGAUUCUUAAGGAUUAUGCUGGAUCGUUGAAUACUUUGUUACUAACAAACGUUGGAACUUUGCAUCCGCAAUAUAACGACGAAUCUGAUAAACCCGAAGGUGCAACAGCAAAUCCAAAUGUUUUCAAUUUUUACGUUUACCUACGAACACAUCCAUUACUGAUCAGACAAUACAUUGCAUCUACUGCUCAGGAUAAGAAAAAAGGUCAUUCAGUAGUUAUAUCCGGAUUCAGUUAUGGCACGGAAACAAAAUCACAACCUGAUAAACAAUUGACCUUGGAAGAUAGUAUUACACCUUUGGAAAGACAACUAUACUUCACAACAGCGCAUGCACAUUUUAAAGCAGGGUGUCCUGCUCUUGCCCUUGAAGUUCUUUCUAAGUUACCUAACAAAGUUAUGGAAACAAAUUGUGAAGAUUCAUCUAGUUUAUUAAAUAGCCCGAGCAAAUCAAGAAAUCAAGAUUUUCAAAUAGAUACUGGAAUUAUUAGUUGGGAUGAUAAUUUAAAGAAAACCGACGAUGACAAAGGCAUUAUCGAUUGGUCCCAACCGGUGUUGCGUCAAACCGACGAGGAAUUAGUAUUAAACUGGGAUGAUGAUGAUAUAACUGAAAAUGACGAUGCUGAUAGUCCGCCUUUAAGUAUGAAACUGGAUAAAAAAGAAACUACCGAUGGUUUAAAAGAAACACAAUCAGAACAAAAUGAGAAAGCCAUUAAACCAUCAGGACAAUUAGACAUUAUGGCACAACAACUAAAAUUUGUAGCAUGUUUAAAAAUUUUAAUGGAAGAAUUAUCAACAUUGGCAACGGGUUUUGAAGUAGACGGAGGUCAACUUCGAUAUCAACUGUAUGUAUGGCUCGAACGAGAAGUAGAUGCCCUUAGACAGCUCUGCAGUUAUAGUGUCAGUUCAGACGGAGAUGUAAACAACGUUUCGGAAUAUGAAGGUGGUAUGGUGGAUGAUAUGCAGCCAUCUAAACCUGGUGAACAGCCAACGUUACACGAAAUAUUAAUGGCCGAGAAAUUGGAUUUUGAAGCCAAGGUUCAACGAGCUGCUAGAAGAAAAAAAUGGCUGAAAGCAAACGAAACAUUAUUACGAACGUUACUGUCCUAUUGUUCUUUGCACGGAGCAUCGGGUGGUGGUUUAGCAUCUGUGCGAAUGGAACUUGUUCUUUUAUUACAAGAAUUACAACAAGAAAAGACGCAACAACAGUUACUUAGCCCUCUUCCAUUUCCAACUACACUUCCUCUUUUAAGUGCUAGUGUAGCAUGCAACAAAACUGUUGUGGCAGAUCCGGUCAGACAUUUGCAAGCCCUAGCGCAUGAUAUGUUGCAAACGUUAGUAGAAUUACGUAAUCCACCAAUGCCUACAAAAAAUACACAUUAUUGCGAGGUGUUUAUAAUGAGGGAUUUAGCAGUGGCUUUAAGUGCUUGUAUUUAUCAAUCACUCUGCGAUUCCGAUACUUUUGUUACGAAACAUCAACAGCCGGACAGCUUUCCAGCAUUUGCAGAAAUAGAAACAUUCUCUGGUGGACACUUGGUAGCGUCGAAUCGUCAGCAUCGAAGAUAUUCAACGGAUGAUGGCGUGUGCAUAACUACAUCACCUUCUAAAUGGCCGGGCGUAACCAACUUGCGUGCAUUAUUGGCCCGCGAGAAAGACGAAGAUACACCAAAAUUGAAUAUUCUCCUUUGCGAAGCUUUUGUAGCAACUUAUAUGAGCUUAUUCGUUUAUGCACUGUGGAGUUGCGACAGUCAUAUUCUUUAUAGGCUUGUAGGUCAACACUUUGAUAACAGCACUUGGUCUUGCUUGUUUGGGGGUGGAGUUAAAAAAUUAUUACGCGUUGCAAGUACAAGCAGUCAGACAAGUGGAACAGCGGGAAUGAUAGAAAGAGGUGGCGAUAAUGUUUCAAACGAAACGCAAACUACUGCAGGAACCGUAUGGAACACUAUGACUUCGUUGACUAAACAACGUGUGAAAUUGAAUAUGAAAUUAUUAGGCCAAUUUACGGGUCAGCAACCAAAUAUGAAAGAAGAUAAACCUACGUAUAGAGAACAAUUUGUUUCACCUCAAAUGAGCAUGAUAUCGUACUUUCUAAUGAAGCCACAAAUAAAUAGCGAGUAUGCGGAUGAAAUUGAUUACGAUUCGUCUGAUUCCGCAGUAUCGGAUUUAAACUCUUCCGAGGAUGAGGAAGAUGUAUUCGACACCAAUUCAAAACCAAAGAGUAAACCAAAGGAUAAUACAGAACAUACGAAUCCAAAUUCGUAUAGUUGGUGUGUUAUGCGAUUAGCCAUAGUCAAGAUACUGCAACAGCAGCUCCAGGAUUUUUUAAAUGUUGCUGGUAUAGAAAUGCAAGAGUUACCUGUGAAUAGUCCUCUGAUUCACGGAACGUUAGCUGUUGUGGCACAGUGGCAAGAAACCUUACGCGAAGAAUUAGACAGUAGAGGACCGCCACCGAUCAAUUACAUUCCUGGUUGUGCACCCGAUCCAAUUCCUACACCAGGAAAGCCAGCGAUUCAUAAAUAUAGAUCUUUACUUGAAAAAAACAAUACUCCUUUCAAUACACGUUUGGCAUCGGCGGCACCUGCUAAUCGACUGUGGUGUUACUUAGUUCGACAAGAAUCAGUACAAGACAUUUUUAUUCGAGCCGUAUUUGGUAAACGUAGAUCUUUGUCGUCAAUUUUGGAAAGCAAUCAAACUACGAUCGAUAACAUGAAUCGUGGAACUACCGCAGAUGACAAAGGUAGCGAUAGCGGGACUACCAGUUUACCCGAACCUGUUCGAAUUAUUCACAAGGAACAAGAUAGCAUUAGUGCCUUUUGCCUCAAUCAGGUAAAUCCAGGUUUAAUGGCCUUAGCAACUCCACGAGAAGUACAAGAAAUGAAUAUAUCGUUAUUACUGGAACUACCAUCUUGGCUAGAAGAUGAAUGUGAAUUUGAUAUAAUAAAUUUAAACAAACAGCCGGAACCAGAACCAGUGCAACCAACUAGUUUCUUAGUUAUUCAGACAGCAGCUGAUCGGCCAUUACUUGCUCAAAGCCCGCAAACAAAUAGUCCUCAACCUCAAUCAGGCAUUGCGAGUCAAAGUGGAAGAGGAGCUAGUGUGAUUCUAAAACAUAAAAUCGAUGGCAUUAGAAGAAUUUCUUCGCAUCCGCUUUUACCAUUAUAUUUAACUGGUUCUCAAGAUGGUUCAGUAUCAUUAUGGGAAUGGGGACAUCAGACAGCUGUAGCAACUCCUAGACCACCUGGCACCUUUGCCAAAGUGACCCGUGUACGUUUCUCACAACAUGGAAAUAAGUUCGGUGUUGCAGAUUCGGAUGGACAUCUCAGUUUAUUUCAAGUAGCUUGCAGAGAAGGAACCGCACGACCAUUCUUCAAUUAUCAGUGCCAUAGUAAGGUAACGGCCGAUUUUGUCUUCCUUGGUGCAUGUAGUUUAGUAGCGACUGCCGGCCAUGGUUCUGAAGGACGUAAUGUAGCGCUUUGGGAUACUUUGCUUCCACAAAAUAAAUCUCUCAUUCAAGGAUUCACUUGUCAUGAACAAGGAGCUAGCUCAUUAAUACUUGCACCCCAACAUCAACUAUUAAUCAGUGGUGGGAAGAAAGGUGAUAUCAACAUAUUUGACGUCCGACAACGACAACAACGGCAUCGUUUCCAGGCUCACGAGUCUGCUAUUAAAUGCUUAGCUCUUGAUCCACACGAAGAAUUUUUUGUGAGUGGAGCAGGAGAUGGUGAUAUCAAGAUAUGGGGUUUAACCGUCCAUUCCCUGCUUUACUCUUUUCCCGGAGAACAUCCACGAUCUAGUUUCUUUAAAAACAUUGGACAAGGUGUAACACAAUUACACGUUGAUUCUGCUGGUCGUUUAUUUUCAUGCGGUGCCGAUGGAUCUAUGAAAGUACGUCAGUUACCGGAACGCGAUUGUGUCGUACAUACUUUAUACUAAAGUAGUUCAAAAACGUGGUAAUAACCUGGUAGAAAAAUAUUUUAACAAUAAGGUCGUUUGUCCAUAAAUUGAUACUACUAAAUGUAAUUACUAAAUAUAUGAAUGCGUAUUUAUCCUGUUAACUUCUUUUUAGUUGUUUGAAAAAUGUUUGGUUAGGGUGAAGUAAUGAAAUUUAAACAAGAGAAGCAAGGGAGCAGAGGGGAAAAAAGUUAUCAAAUUAUUAUGAACAUAGAUAUAUUUAUAACGUUGAAGUGCUAAAGUGGUCGUUGCGCAUUUCUAUUGAGAUUUAAAUGUUUUUGCUAUUAAAGUCUCGUGUUUUUCUUCAGUCGUUAAUUAUAGAUCGAAUUAACUGAUACUUUUGCCCACAUUAUACGUCACUUCGUUACUCAGACCUUUCGUUGAUUUUUCAAUCAUAUAUUGAAUUAUUUGAUAAUUAUUGUUCCUUUAUACAGCGUGUCCU